GGUCGUGAGUUGUUGGCGUGUGCUCCGACAGGAUCGGGGAAGACUCUAGCGUUCUGUCUCCCUCUCCUGACACACCUGAAACAGCCUGCUAACCUCGGCAUCAGAGCUCUGGUCAUCUCUCCCACCAGGGAACUGGCCAGCCAGACCCACAGGGAGUUGGUGCGUCUGUCGGAGGGCGUCGGGUUCAGAGUUCACAUACUAGACAAGGCCUCCAUGGCAGCCAGGAAAUACGUUCCCAGCUCUCACAAGAAAUCUGAUAUUCUGAUCAGUACCCCCAAUAGACUGGUGUUCCUCCUGAAGCAGGAUGCUAUAGACCUCAGCAGUGUGGAAUGGUUGGUGGUGGAUGAGAGCGAUAAGCUGUUUGAGGAUGGUCGUAGUGGCUUCAGAGAGCAGCUAGCAGCAGUGUUCCAGGCGUGUUCCUCUCCACGGGUCAGACGAGCGCUCUUCAGUGCUACCUGUGCUCCAGACGUGGAACAGUGGUCUCGCCUCAACCUCGACAACCUGGUCUCUGUCAACAUUGGACACAGGUACUCCACCACCCACAGUCCCCUGUUCUACU